AUGGCCCGUGAUCUUUUUAAGAAGGCUUAUUGGCCACUCGUAGCUCUUGGUGCUUUUUACUUCGCCGUUCUUGGGUUACUAAUGGUGCCAUGGAUUCAAAAUAAGUGGGUUCCCUAUCUAAUGUAUCUGCGAGACCAAGAAUCUAAACUAAUAUAAUGUCAUCCCAGUGCGAUUUAUAUGCAUAGAAUGAAGGUCACCUGGCGACAAGAUCUUACGAAGCCCGAAGAAUUUGGAUUUGCAAGUCUGUACACUAGAUCCGCCAUAUAAAACUUAGUCAUUCUUCACUAACAAGGCCCUCACAGAAAAUCAGGUGGCACCCUUCUUUUUGAAAACUCCAGACGGUGAAGACAUAUUCGUCUGGCAUGUCCUUCCACUUGGCCUCUACAAAGAACAUCGGGAGUCCUUAGUCAAGCAAAAUACCGGCUUAAUCACAAGCCCAUUGCAAUCUGAGAAUAUUAAACUCUUAAUAGCCGAUCCAGAAGCAAGGCUAAUUAUUCAUUGUAUGCGAUCCGCUCAAAUAGCUUUUACUUAGUACCCCACAUCCACUAACAGAGACAUAGUUCAUGGUGUACGCACACCCUAAACCCCGGUCAGUCACAUGCUAAUAUAUACCCGCCAGAAUGCCGGAACAGUUGGAGCGUCCUGGAGACCUACGUACUUACGAUCUCUCUCCGCUGGCGAUCCAUCUAAAAUUCAUAUAAUCGCUCUAGAUUAUCGAGGGUUUGGUCUCUCGUCCGGCACCCCAUCAGAACAGGGAUUAAUCACCGAUGGGAUUACCGCCGUGAACUGGGCGGUUAACACUCUUGGGAUCUCUCCCUCUAGGAUAGCUGUUGUUGGCCAAUCACUGGGAACAGCUGUCGCCAUUGGCACUGCGGAAAAGCUAGCAACCCACCCAACUAGUCCCGUAGAGCUCAGCGCAGUCGUCACAAUUGCUGGUUUCAGUAACAUGAAAGAACUGAUCCUAACCUACAAUAUCUUCGGCUGGCUUCCGGUGCUGUCACCUUUGAGACCUUACCCUUUUCUCCAAGGAUUCUUCGCAAAGUUUAUCAUUGAUACGUGGGAAUCUGAUAAGCGGCUUGCCUCACUUAUCAAGUCUAGUAAGAAGUUGAACUUUAUCGUUCUUCAUGCCUACAAUGAUUUCGACAUUCCAUGGCAACACUCUGAUAGACUGUUUGUGACUGCUGCCAAUGCAACACAAUCAGGGGGUGAACUGACAUGGCUCGAGAUUAUGGGCUUAAGGGAAAAGACUGAAUUUGGAGAGGAGAGUUAUCAGAACAAAUGGCCGACGGCUAGAAGCAAUGGCCAUUCCAUUGAGCAGUGGGUUGUAAGAUGGGGAGGCCACAAUCAAGUUGUUGCGAGUGCUGGGACUUCUGUUAUCGUUGCAAAGGCUUUGGGACUG